GGUUAAUGGGUACACCCAUUCUCUGGCUUAGUCGAUUCCAAGAAAAAAAAAAAAAGGUUACCGGUGGCCAGGUAGCCAGGUGGAGCUUCCAGCCCCUCCUCCAGCGGGCACCCCGCCCCUCGAGGCUGGGACCAGAGCAGGCUGAGCCUCCAACUGACUCACCUUACAGCCGCUCUGAAACCCAAUGCCAGGGUACAGAGGCUCCAGCCUCCGGGGAAUUACGCAGACCUCCGCGACGCUCCGGAGUCAUACGGGCUGACAUGGAAGCGCCAUACCGGGGCCUGGGCCGCUGUGUCGGCUGCUUCUGGCUCGCAGUCGCCUUUGACAUUGUGGGACUGCUCGUCCUUCUCCUCGGGGUGUUUGUCAACGUGUUCUUCUACGACCUGCUCAUCUACGCGGGGGCCAUCGUCAUCUUCCUCAGCCUCAUCUGGUGGGUGUUCUGGUACUCCGGGAACAUCGAGGUCCCCCCGGCGGAGCUGGAGGAUGAUGUCGGCUUAUUGAAGAAGAACAAGGGCGCUCUGGGCGGCAUCGGCGGCGCGGUGCGGCGCCUCUCCAGCCGCGUGUCCAGCGGCAUCAGGUCCUCGCUUCGUCGGAACGGAGGAGCGCCCGGGACGCGCGCGGCCCCCACGCAGAUGUCAGCCAGGGGGCCGUCGGUGGUGGCCCCGCGGGCGGAGCAGGUGGCCGUUGCCAUGGCAACGAUGACCCCACAGGAGGACAUCCCGCACACUGCUGUGUCCUCAGUGGCGGGUAGUGACGUGGACAUGCCGAAAACGACAACAGAGACUUCACCUGCGUAGUGCAGGCCGACAGGGACCUGACCAGCCUGCGUGUCUUCACCUGACUCCCCUGGAUCCUCAACUUCUCCACUGUUUGUGUGCUUUAUGAGACAUUAAUAGUUAUGGAUGAUGAUAUCUGGAAAAUAUGUUGUGGAGUCUUUAACAACAUCAAAAUGUAUGGUUUUCUGAGUUUCUCAGUACAGUUUUCUAUGGAUAGUGGUAGGAAUCAGAGGGUACCUCACCAUGUACUGUAGGCCUCAUUUGCGGGGGGGAUGGGGGGGGGGUCAAAACUGGACUUUUUGCAAAGUUCUUAUACCUUUCUAAGGUUUUGGAUGCUUAUUUGCAUGGUUUGUCGCUUUUUUAUAGUUUUUUGAGGCAAUUUUUUUGCCGUUUUUUGUUGCCUUUUGAGUUUUUGUAGCACUUUUUUAGCAGGUUUUGUCACCCAUUUAGAGUAUUUUUUGGACAAUUAUUUUUAGGUUUUUAGUUUUUGUCCCCUUUUUGAAGAUUUUUCUGGGACAAUUAUUGGAGGUUUGUCGCAUUUUUAUGUUUUUUUGAGCAAUUUUUUGACAUUUCUUUGUUGCUUUUUGAGAUUUUUUUAGCACUUUUUUGCAGGUUUUGUCACCCUUUGAGUAUUUUUUUGAUAAUAAGAUGUUGUAGUUGCCUUUUUUUGUCACUUUCUUCCGUGGCCUUUUGAUGUUUUGUCACUUCUUCAAGUGUUUUUACAACGUUUUUGGUCUAACUAUGAAUACAUAAUGCCUGUGAAAAGGUUAAUUGCAGCUUUUCUUGCUUUGUUAUGCAUUUACAAACUGUGAAACGUUUUCCACUCUCUGGCUCCUAUCUUGUCUUGAGCUCGGUGCAAAGUGUCAGCAGCACCCACGUCGUUUGAAUAGCAAAUUCACCUGCACCCAUCUGUGCACCCAUGGGUGUGCUGGUCUUACAGGGAGGUGUGUUCAGGUGCAUUCUGGGUGUGCUGGUCUUACAGGGAGGUGUGUUCAGGUGCAUUCUGGGCGUGCUGGUCUUACAGGGAGGUGUGUUCAGGUGCAUUCUGGGUGUAUUGCUGUCUUGAGGCAGCAGGACGUGAUC